AUGCCCGGGUCUUGCAACGAUCUCAAUGUUUUGGACCGCUCCCCUAUAUUUGAUGAUCUUGCCAAUGGAAGAACUGACAAAGUUGAAUUUUCAGUGAACAACCAUAAUUACGACAUGGGGUAUUACCUCGCGGACAAGAUAUAUCCCGAUUGGGUGACCUUUGUGAAAACCAAGAGUGAAGCUAUCAGUCCCAAGGACAAGACAUUUGCCGAGGCCCAAGAAGCUGCAAGAAAGGAUGUUGAACGCUGUUUCGGUGUCCUCCGCUCGAAGUUUCGGAUAAUUCAACAAGCUAGCCGACUGUGGAGUGCUCAGGACAUGAACACGAUUAUGCGAGCAUGUAUCAUUCUUCACAACAUGAUCAUCGAGUCCGAGCGAGACAGAGAGCUGGAUGAGGACGAGUUUGCUGAACCCUAUGAUUCACCAAUUCGAAGGGACAGGAAUGGUGCCGAGCUAAACGCCUUCAUGUCUGCAUACCGCAAGAUCCAGGACCGCCCUACAUCCCACCGCCUACAACAAGAUCUAAUUGAGCAUCAUUGGAUGUUAAAAGGCAAUGAAUUAGGGCCAUAUGCACGCCGAUCUCGACACUAG